GUUGGAAACCGUUGGUCAAUCGAGUCGUGUUAAUGGUACGGUUGUGGACAAAUAUUCACCGGUUAUUUGAUUAAAGUAUGCAAAAGGCAUUCAACUUCAAACUGUUGGUUCCCCCAAGAGCACACGUAAAUCAAGUGUCUGCUUUGAAACCCAAUGAAACAGGCUUGAACGAAGAAACCUGUGUUUUUUCUCAACCAGUACAGGGUUUUAACAAGUCUUCAGAUAUGGAGAAAAGCCUUCCAUUAACAUCCAAAAUGGUGCUUCCUACAAAAACAUCAAGAACUGAAUGUGCAAAGAAGGCUACGGUCAUACCAAUGGAAAAAGAAGAGACGUUAAGAUCCAGCCAGCUGUUCUCCAGAUUGCUUGAUGAAGCUGAGAAAAUUAAAAUGUGGAAGGUGAGAAUAGAUUCUGAUAUGUCGCAACAAGACAGGAGGCUUCAGGAGAACAGAAAGACUAUUGAGACGCAGCGGAAAGCUAUUCAAGAACUUCAGUUUGCAAACGAAAGUCUGAGCAUGAAAUUAGAGGAUCAGCUUAAUGAGAAUGAAGACCUUAAGAAUAAAAGUAAUGCGACAAGGAAUUUGUGUAACAUACUGAAGGACACGUUUGAAAGAUCUGUUGAGAAAAUGAGUGUGUUUGAGGCUGAACGGGAAGAAACUCAUGAUCUAUUCAUACAGAACAGUGAGAGUAUACAGAGGAUGGGGGCAGCUUUUGAAAGUCUUAGGAAGCAAGCAGAGGCCAAUCAGCAGGACAAGUUGAAAUUAAGAGAAUGCCUCACACAGAUGGAGGGUCUUAAAAUGAAGUUUGAGAGCGAUUGUCUUGUAAAGGAAAAGGAGGUUGCCAUGCUUCAAGAGAAAGUGUGUGAAAAAGAAAGCAAUCUUGAAGACGUUUCACUUAAACUCCUAGAAACACAGCAAAACUGUAACCUACUUAAGGAGUCUGCAAGGCAACAUCAGGAAUUGCUUAAAAAUUUAACACUGGACCGAGAGACGCUUGAGGAAAAACUCAAAGCGACAGAGCAGUUCAAAUGGGAGAUUGAGGAAAAGCAGAGAGCAUUAACUAAUGAACUGGAGCAAAGCAAGGAGAACCAUGUAAAGCUCCUUCAAAAGAAAGAUGCUGAACUAGAGGAGCUAAACAACAUCAAAGAGCAACAGUCACACCAACUUGCAGAAAUGCAACUGACUGUGAAGUCUUUGCAAUCCUCACUAACAACUGAAACACUGAGGACCCAAGACCUUGAGGCAAAGCUAACCUCAGUACUGAAUGAGCUCAGCUACAAGAUCUCAGAAUUAGAAAAAAUAGAAGUGCAGAACGACAGCUAUGGCAAGCAAAUACAGAUACUUAAAGACGGACUGGAUGAGAAGUCAGACUUACUCAACUCUGUAAAGGAGAAAUUACAGACAAGUGAGAUUCAAACGCUUCAGCUUAUUGCGACACUUGAACAGAAGGCAUGUCAACUGAAGGAAGCAGUUGAGAAAGACGAAUACUUGGAGGAGGCCCUAAUAAAGGCUAGACAUGAGUUUGAAGAGUUGCAGAAAGAAGUUGUUUUGAAAGAGACUAAGGUAAAAGAGAUAGAGGAGCAUUUGUCAGGAGCUUUGGAGAGUGGUUGUAAAUCAUCAACAAAAAUUGAAAGAUUGGAGAUUGAUAUAGAGCUGCAAAGGAAGAAAUAUAAAGAGCUAUAUAAAGAGCUCCAGAUGCAGAAGGACACUAUACAAGAGCAAGUUGAUAGUGGUGUUGUAGAGAACAAAGUGCUUCAGUCUCAGCUCAUGGAAAGCAAAGCAAAUGAAGAAAGGGAUAAAAUGGAAGUUGAGAGACUUGAGAGGGAGAAACAACAGCUUCAAGUGCAGGUGGAUAUUUUAUCUACGAAAAUUGCCUGACAGGAUGAAGAGAGCAAGAACGCUCAGGAGAUGUUGAAAGAGAGUGGCAAAAACUCAAAGAAAGAACUUCAGAUGAAAGACAAACAAAUCAAAUCACUGGAGUCAAAGCUAACAAACCUAAAAACAAAACUAGAGACCAAAACAACAGCUUUUGAGGAAUGCCUUGAAGAUAUACGUACUUUGAGGGAUGAGUCAGAUAAUGCAAAGAAACUUCACAAUGAGGAGCUUCAGAAAAUAUGUUCUGACCUUAAAGAGAAAUCAACAUUUGAGGCACAACUCAACUUGGAGGUGGAGAAACUGAAGCAAACAGCUAUGGAGGCAAUGAAGAAUAAAGAAGACACAGAAACCAAAUGUCAGCAGAGGAUAUCAGACAUGGUUGCCUUGAUGGAGAGACACAAGCAUGAGUAUGACAAAAUGAUAGAAGAAAAAGAUGCAGAGCUGAGUGACAAGCGGAUGAGAGAAGCUGAAGUCAACGCAAGUAAAGCAUUACUGGAGUUUGAGCUGUCCCAUUUGCAAGUGGAAAACAAUGAGCUGAGAGAACAACUCGAAAAGGUCAAAGAAGAGAAAGUGGCGAUGAAGACCCCAUCUCCAGAAAAAGAUACACCUCAACAGAUCUUUGAAACCAAACUGAAGAAAGAGAGAAAAGGGAUCUCUAAAACUCCAAAAGCGUCCACCUCUACAAAGGCGGUUUAUUCUCUUUUAAAUGAGAAAGAAAAUGAUUUCCCAUCAAGACAUGCAUCCCCCGAUCCUGUUGGAGCUGUAAACGAAGUCCCCAAAAGCUCAUUUUGGAGCCUGAGCACAAAAUAUGGAACAACACCUCAAAUAAAGUCAUUCAGAAUCCGCACACCACCCAGAACUGAGAUAACGGGGUCUUGGAAAACAAACAUCUUGAAACUGGACCCCAAGUCAGACAGCUCAGAGAGCAACGAUAUACUGAGUUUCUCCCCAAGACCUCUUAAAACAAAGAAACCGAUGCUGCCAAAAGACCCAGUAUCAGGGAGUACGGACAUGUUCAAAAAGGUGCAGGUGCAGAGUUCUGGUGUGUGCAAGUCUCCAGGAACAGCUCUGAAAUUGGCAGCCAUAAAGAGAAUGCGAGAUGCUGGAUGGACUAGCAUUAGCAGUUCAGAUAAGAAAAAGAAAAAAAUAAACGAGAAAAUAUUUGCUUGA